AUGCAGACAAGCUAUCAAUGGCCUCAUAGUUCGAGCACACAUCCGAAUUGCACGCCUGAAUUAUUGGCAGCUGCUGGAUUUUAUUAUGCUCCGACUGAAGGAUAUUUAGAUUUGUGUAAAUGUCAUUAUUGUGGGCUACGGUUGAGAGAUUGGGAGACAACGGACAUUCCAUGGGAAGAGCAUAAAAAGCACAAACCAACAUGUUCAUUUGUGAUUAAACAUUUUGAGACAGCGGAUGAAGAAGAUGAUUUAGGUUUUAAUUUAUUUGGAGAUGAACCACCAACGUCAUCCACAUCAUCAACAACGCAAAAUGCAGCUAAAGCAUCCUCGCCAAAUAGUAAUAACAAUACGACAGACGAAUUAGUGACACAAGAAAUGCAUCUUCGCGGUCAAUUUGUUUCCGAUGUUCUGUUUUCGCUCAUCAAUCCACAAAACGAUUGGAAUUUUGAUUUUGAAUUGGUCUCUCCUUCGACCGAUUCCAGUAACAUUGCCAUUAAAUUGGAGCAUCAUGCAUAA